AUGUCAUCUUCUGCUCCCAUCCAGCCACAGGCCGCCGGCGGCAUCCCCGCUGAAAUGGAAAAUUUCGUGGUCGGCCUGAUUGGUAUGGGGGAUAUGGGCAAGAUGUACGCGCAGAGGCUCUCUGCCGCUGGAUGGAAAAUCAUGGCGUGUGACCAGGAGGAAAAGUACGAGAGUCUGAAAGAAGAGUUCUCUGGAAAUAACAAUAUACAAAUCUGCCGCAAUGGCCACUACGUCUCUCGCGCCAGCGACUACAUCAUCUACAGCGUUGAAGCCGCCACCAUUGACCGCGUGAUCGCUCAAUACGGCCCAUCAACCAAGCUCGGGGCCAUAGUCGGCGGCCAAACCUCGUGCAAGGCCCCCGAGAUCGCCGCCUUCGAGCGCCACCUCCCGACCGACGUCGAGAUCGUCUCGUGCCACUCCCUCCACGGCCCCAAUGUCGACCCGCGAAACCAGCCGCUCGUCAUCAUCGCCCACCGCGCGUCGGCCGCCUCCGUCGCCAAGGUCGAGACCGUCCUCUCGGUCCUCGGCUCCAAGCACGUCUACCUCACGGCCCUAGAGCACGAUCGCAUCACGGCCGACACCCAGGCCGUCACGCACGCGGCAUUCCUCUCCAUGGGCAAGGCGUGGCACGCCAACACGCAGUUCCCGUGGGAGAUGUCGCGCUACGUCGGCGGCGUCGAGAAUGUCAAGAUCAACAUCAUGCUUCGUAUCUACUCGCAAAAGUGGCAUGUCUACGCCGGCCUCGCCAUCCUCAACCCGGAGGCCCGCAAGCAGAUAUCCCAGUUCGCCCGCUCUGUGACGGACCUCUACAAGCUCAUGCUCGAGGGCAACGCCGAGGCCCUGCGCGCGCGCGUGCUCGCGGCCAAGGAGAAGGUCUUUGGCCACGAGGGCAGCCCCAAGUGGGCGGACCGGCCGCUCCUCAACCCGGACCUGCUCGAGCGCUUCUCCCUCGGCAAGAAGGAGGACCAGACGGGCCCGCCGCGCGCCAACAACCACCUGAGCUUGCUGGCCAUGGUCGACUGCUGGGCGCAGCUGGGAAUCGUGCCGUACGACCACAUGAUCUGCUCGACGCCGCUGUUCCGCCUGUGGCUCGGCGUCGCCGAGCACCUGUUCCGCAGCCGCGAGCUGCUCGACGACGCGCUGCGGACCGCCGUCGAGGACCACACGUACCGAUCCGACGACCUCGAGUUCACGUUCGCGGCGCGGGGCUGGGCCGAGUGCGUCUCGCUGGGCCACUUCGAGACGUGGAAGAACCGGUUCGAGACGACGCAGGAGUUCUUCCAGCCGCGCUUCAAGGACGCCGUCGCCGUGGGCAACGCCAUGAUGAAGGCCGUGCUGGAGAGUACCAAGGAUUGA